CCUGAAGAUUUUUUUCCGACGUUUUUCCGGUGGGGGCUGUGGAGUCGGUGCUUUCCUCGGUAAACUGCAGCAGCGUAGGUCGCCAUGAGCCGCGAGAAACUCGGCCUGGGGUCAGGGAGCUUCUUCCCGUCCCGGGGCGGCCAGAAGCAGUGGCAUGGAGACAUCACUCGGGAUCUCCGAAACCACCUUGUUCAUAAAUUAGUCCAAGCCAUGUUUCCUGCUCCUGACCCUGCAGCACUGAAGGAUCGGCGUAUGGAGAAUCUGGUGGCAUAUGCUCGGAAAGUGGAAGGGCGUAUGUAUAAAUCGGCAAAUAGCAGGGCAGAGUACUAUCACUUGCUAGCGGAGAAGAUCUAUAAGAUUCGGAAGGAGCUACAGGAGAAAUGAAGAAGGAGGCUGCAGAAGCAAAACAUGAUCCCAAGUGCUCCAAGCAUGCCACAGGCUCCCAUGAAUCAAGGGCCCAACAUGGGACAGCCGUAGCCAGGGAUGUCUGCAAUGCUGGAGGAUUGUUUGGAAAACCUGAACCUAGAGGACCCCUGACGCUACGGAAAUUUGCUG